CAGCUUAACACUAAUCAAUUAGAGUCUAGGGAAAUAUGCUCUUGUUUCUAAAAAGCAAAAUAGAAAAAACAUGCUUUAAAAAGAAAAAAGAGAUUAUCUCUCAUGAGAUUAGAUUCGUCAAUAUCAUAAUACGUCAGUCAGAAGAUAUAAAGUAUCUUCCAAUGAUAACCCUUAUGUCACUUUUACUCUUACUGCUCGGAUUCGCUUGACUAGUUUAGAACGUGCAGCGACGCCGAACGGGUGUGAUUAUUCUAUUACGUGAAGUGUCGACGUUCACGAAAAUAAAGACAUUGUAAUGUCUUGACAAUAUUGUAUAAAACGAGGAUUGCAAUAGUGGUUGUAUUCUACAUUGUUGAAGCAAAAUUGGAUUAUUCGUAUACCUGCUAAUAUUUAUCUCACAGAAUAGCAUUGUAAAUACUUCAAGUAUAUCACAGUGAGUCAUAUAUUAAAGAGUGCAGGAGUAUAUUAAUUUAAAAAUGGAAAAGAACUUAAUCAAAGAACCGAAUAUAUUCAAUGGGAAUGUAAUGUUUAAUGGAUUUCAUGAAACGGAUUUACCAAGCGACGAGCUACAAGAAACACAAAUAUCAAAUACUCUUGUAUUUUAUGUGAAUGGAAAGCAGGUAUUAGACAAGAAUGUAGAACCACAAUGGACACUUUUAUGGUAUCUUCGCUACAAACUGGGAUUAACUGGCACAAAACUUGGCUGCGCAGAAGGAGGCUGCGGAGCCUGUACAGUUAUGAUUUCAAGAUUUGAUCGUACCACUGGCAGAAUUAUUCAUUUAGCUGUUAAUGCAUGCUUGACACCAAUAUGUGCUGUGCAUGGUCUAGCUGUAACUACUGUGGAAGGUAUUGGUAGCACAAAAACGAAAUUGCAUCCAGUACAAGAACGUAUCGCCAAAGCACAUGGAUCACAAUGUGGAUUUUGUACACCUGGUAUAGUUAUGUCUAUGUAUGCUCUGUUACGCAGCAUACCAAAACCAACUAUGGAAAAUUUAGAAAUUGCAUUUCAAGGUAAUCUAUGCAGAUGUACAGGCUAUAGGCCGAUUAUAGAGGGAUUCAAGACUUUUACAGAGGAAUGGGAGCAAUCGCAAUUGACGGCUACUGUACGAGAAGAAAAAAUAAAUGAUACAAGAGUUUGUUCAAUGGGCGAUGCUUGCUGUAAAAGGGUUUUCACUUCAGAGCCAACCGAGGUUUUCAAUUCUAAAGAAUUUUGCCCGUAUAAUCCUACUCAAGAACCAAUAUUUCCACCAAAACUAAAAAUUGAAUCUACAUUAGAUGAGCAAUAUCUGAUAGUGAGAGGAAACGUUAGUUGGUACAGACCAAAUUUUAAGACACUACUUGCCCUGAAAGAACAGUAUCCAAAUGCCAAAAUUGUCAUUGGCAACACAGAAAUUGGAGUCGAGGUGAAAUUUAAACACCUAAUAUAUCCAGUACUUAUACAACCAACACAGAUAAAAGAGAUACAUGAAAUAAUUGAAACACAAGAGGCAUUGAAAGUGGGUGCAAGUGUGACUUUGGUUGAGCUUGAAGAAGCAUUAAAACAUUAUAUUAAGAUAAAACCUGAACACAACACGAGGAUCUUUACAGAAAUAAUAAACAUGUUACAUUGGUUUGCCGGGAAACAGAUAAGAAAUGUUGCUGCCGUGGGCGGCAACAUAAUGACAGGUAGUCCAAUAUCAGAUUUAAAUCCGAUCUUUAUGGCAGCAUGUGUUAAAUUAAAUUUAUGCAGUUUAAAGCAUGGAAGUAGAACUGUACCGAUGGAUCACACCUUCUUUGUUGGAUAUCGACGUAACGUUGUUUUGCCCGAGGAAGUAUUAGUCUCCAUCGAUAUUCCCUUCACAAAAGAGAAUCAAUAUUUCAUUGCUUACAAGCAAGCGAAAAGACGGGAUGAUGAUAUUGCUAUAGUCAAUAUGGCCUUGAAUGUACACUUCGUUCCUGAUAAAAAUAUAGUUCAGGAAGCGCAUAUCGCAUUUGGUGGAAUGGCGCCUACAACUAUUUUAGCAAGACAAACCUGCCAGAAGAUAAUUGGAAAAAAAUGGAAUAAAUCAAUCUUAGAGGAGAUUUACGAUUCUUUACUCGAAGAACUACCGUUGGUUGAUGAUGCACCAGGAGGAAUGAUUAAAUAUCGUCGAUCUCUUACUCUCAGUUUAUUCUUUAAAGGAUUUGUACACAUCUCCAAGAAAUUAUCGAAAAAUAUUUCGACUGUAGAAUACUUGCCAAAGGAACUAGAAAGCGCAUCAGAGUGUUUCCAUUACAAAGCGCCAAAGAGCUCACAAUAUUACCAAGUGGUACCUAAAGACCAAGAAUCACAUGAUCUAAUAGGACGCCCUAUUGUGCAUGCUAGUGCAUUCAAGCAAGCAACGGGAGAAGCGAUAUAUUGCGAUGAUAUGCCUAAAUAUUCAGAGGAAUUAUAUUUAACGUUAGUUCUCUCUACUAGAGCACAUGCAAAAAUUUUGAAAAUUGAUCCUACUAAAGCACUAUCCAUGGAAGGAGUUGUAUCAUUUUUCUCUUCGAAAGAUAUAGCAAAAGACAUAAGGGUGGGCCCUGUAAUACAUGAUGAAGAAAUAUUUGUAUCAGAAAAGGUUACAAGUCAAGGUCAGAUAAUUGGUGCAAUCGUUGCUACAGAUCAAAUUAUUGCUCAGACUGCGGCAAGAAUGGUCGAAGUAGAAUAUGAAAAUAUAGAACCUGUUAUCAUAUCUAUCGAGGAUGCUAUCGAGCACAAAUCGUUCUUCUCUGGCUUAUCCAAGAGCAUUAUUAAAGGCGAUGCAGAGAAAGCUUUUAAGGAAGCAGAUCAUGUUUUAGAAGGAGAAGUACGCAUGGGUGGUCAAGAGCACUUUUACUUGGAAACAAAUGCUGCUAUUGCUGUACCUCACGAAGAUGAUGAAUUGGAAGUAUUCUGUUCCACGCAGCAUCCUACUGAGAUACAAAAAUUAAUCGCUCACGUUUUAAAUAUACAUAUCAAUAGAAUUAAUGUUCGCGUGAAGCGUAUAGGCGGCGGAUUCGGCGGAAAAGAAUCCCGCGCAGCUUUGCUCGCGAUACCAGUUGCAUUCGCAGCUCACAGGUUGCAGAAACCAGUUCGUUGUAUGCUGGACAGAGACGAAGACAUGUUGAUAAGUGGAACACGGCAUCCAUUUUUAUUUAAAUAUAAAGUAGGAUUUAAUAAUGAUGGUCUCAUUAAAGUGGCGAAAACACAUAUAUACAAUAAUGCAGGCUAUUCCUUCGAUUUAUCAAUAUCGGUGUUAGAACGUGCCAUGUUCCAUUUUGAAAAUUCAUAUAGAAUUCCGGUGUCAGAAGUACAUGGAUACGUAUGUAAAACAAAUUUACCAUCAAAUACAGCUUUCCGUGGUUUUGGUGGACCGCAAGGCAUGUUUGUCGCUGAAAAUAUUAUUCGACAAAUCGCUGAUUAUCUAAAACUGGAUGUCGUCAAGUUGUCAGAAUUAAAUUUAUACAAAGAAGGCGAUUUAACGCAUUAUAAUCAGCAACUUGUCAAUUGUACCUUGGAUCGCUGCUGGCGUGAAUGCAUAGCGUCUUCUCGUUAUAAUGAAAGAAUAAUCGAAGUUCAACGUUAUAACAGAGAGAAUCGAUUUAGAAAGAAAGGUCUCGCGGUCGUACCUACAAAGUUCGGCAUAGCAUUUACUGCUUUAACUUUGAAUCAAGCAGGUGCUUUGGUGCACAUUUAUACCGAUGGCUCGGUGCUAAUAAGCCAUGGUGGCAUUGAGAUGGGACAAGGUCUACAUACAAAAAUGAUUCAAGUUGCUAGCCGAGUACUAAAAGUAAAUCCAGACAAAAUACAUAUUGUUGAAACGGCUACUGACAAAGUUCCCAAUACAUCUGCUACCGCUGCAAGUGCCGGAUCCGAUCUAAAUGGCAUGGCUGUUAUGAAUGCUUGCAAAGAAAUUAUGGAACGAUUAGAACCGAUAAUAAAUAGCAAUCUAGAAAGUACAUGGGAAGAUUGGAUCAAAGAAGCAUAUCGUCAAAGGAUAAGCCUGUCUGCUGCUGGUUUUUAUCGAACACCUGAUAUCGGAUAUUCUUUCGAUACUAAUACGGGAAAUCCUUUUAAUUACUUUACGUAUGGAGUCGCCUGUACGGAAGUUGAAAUUGAUUGUCUCACUGGUGAUCAUGAGAUUUUACGAACAGAUAUUGUCAUGGAUUUGGGAGAGAGUUUAAAUCCAGCCAUUGACAUAGGACAAGUCGAAGGAGGCUUUAUUCAAGGAUAUGGUUUAUUCACAUUAGAGGAAAUGAUUUAUUCACCAACGGCAACUUUAUUCAGUAGAGGACCUGGCGCGUACAAAUUGCCGGGUUUCACCAACAUACCUCAAGAAUUUAAUGUUUCGCUGUUAAAAGGAGCUUCUAAUCCAAGAGCGGUAUACUCUUCUAAGGCGGUUGGCGAACCACCGCUAUUUCUGGCAUCAUCCGCAUUCUUCGCUAUCAAAGAAGCAAUUACGGCUGCACGUAAAGAUAUGAAUAUUCAUGGCUAUUUUAGACUUGAUGCUCCUGCCACUGCUGCACGUAUACGUAAUGCGUGCAUAGAUAAUUUAACAAUGAAGAUUACAGAACCUGAUUUAAAACGACAGUGGAAUAUAGUGCCAUAAUCUAUGAGAUUCUUAAACACUAAUGCUUUCCUAAUAUUUUUUUUAUGUUUAUAUCAGAAAUAUGAAACAGUUAAAUAAUAGAGGAGUUUGAUUAUAUAGGGAAAAAUCAGUUUUUUAUCAAAUAAUUAAAGCUUUAAUUAUGUGAUAAAAAUUAACUUG